GAAAAUUUCAAGUAGAUUAAACAGCUGUAUGCAGCUUUCUUCCUGCUUUUAGCUUUCUAAGGAAUUUGUUAUAUUUGCCUAUUUGGAAAAUUCAUUUUCAAAUUUCAUGAAUGACUUUCAAUCUAGUGGUCUACUGAGUUAUGACGCCAUGCUGAUCUAGUGCUGUGGCCUUUUAGAUUAUAAUGGAAACUGAUUCUUUCUAUGAAAUAAGUCAAUAGAUUCCUAAUUGUACAAUGUGGCUAUCAUGUCUCUACUCUUCAAAUGAAUUUGACAGGUAAAUUAAAUGUCUCAGAUUCCUGUACCUCCCUUGCAAAGAGCUACUGAUGGUUCUCCAGUCUUUAAUCAACUAUUGAUGAAUGAAGUACAAGAAACUUUGGAUGCCUCCUUUGAAAAGGGUAUUCCGACAUUGAUAUCAUGGAAUCAGGGAGGAAAUAAUGUCCUAGUAGAAGGAUCAUGGGACAACUGGACCACAAGGAAGGCUCUGCAGUGGUCAGGAAUGGACCAUGCCAUUUUGGUCCUCCCAUCUGGAGUCUACCAAUACAAGUUCAUUGUAGAUGGAGGGAGAUACAUUCCUGAUCUUCCUUGCAUAGCUGAUGAAAUGGGGCAGAUAACCAAUCUCCUUGACGUCCAUGAUUAUGUUCCAGAAAAUCCAGAAAGUGUUGCUGAAUUCGAGUCCCCUCCAUCACCAGAGGACAGUUACGGUUGGUCAUCACCUGCAUAUGAGGACUUUGCAAAGGAGCCACCAGCUGUUCCACCUCAGUUGCAUCGGACUGUCCUUGGGAUGCAACAUUCUGCGGAAGUUUCUUCAAAACCCCAGCACAUUGUUCUCAACCACCUUUUCAUAGAGAAGGAAUGGGCUCCUCAGUCACUGGUGGCCCUUGGCUUAACUCACAGGUUCCAAUCCAAGUAUGUGACCGCUGUCCUAUACAAGCCUGUGAGAAGGUGACAGAAAUUGCACCUCUUACAACUCCAUUCCUACAUGGUAGUGAUGCUUUUCUUGUUGCUUGAAUUUUCUUGAAUUUUUCUCAUGUUCCUUUUGCAUUUGCCAUAUGGCAUCACCAUGCAAGUUCUUCCAUGGUUCUGAUGUCAUAGCUUCGCAUCAUUU